AUGGAGGACAAGCAGGUUCCACCGAUUCGGGUGAAGGUGAGCGACAUGGAUCCGGGCUAUGAAAGCAAAUUCAACAGCCGGGAACCGAGCGCCCAGCCGGCAAAGCUGGAAUUCAAGCCCGGCAAAAGAAAAAUCAAAGGAUCUCCAGACUCCACCGUUGCUACCGCCGCCGCUGCCGCCAACGGCCCGUUGCCGGCCCCGGAGGCUUCCAAGAAGCUAAACACGCCGCCGACGAGCAACUCACCGGCCGCCGGCACCACCACCAGGAGCAACACCGCGUACGAAAGAAGCGUCAACGGCAGCAGAAUCACAAUGCACUCUAACCUAGUACCCACUGAGACGCAGGAUGUAUCUUGGUCUGAGAUCGACACCCUAGAUGAUGUGAAGAACAUGGCUAAAGAGCCUAUCAUCAACGACGGAUUCCCGCAGGAUUUCGAGAACAGACUUACGCAGAUGCGACGCUCGCACGCUCAGCUGCUGCGAGUAAUGAGAGAAAGAAAUGAGCGGCUAAAACACGCCAAGCCCGACCUCUCCACGAGGAUGGCAGCCCCCCCUGAGAAGGGCCAGCGUGGUACUUCCGCCAAGGGCCCCAAACGCGAACCGGAACAGGCGAUUGAUGACCCGGAAGUAGCGUUCGACGGCGAGAAAUACGUGGGUCAGAUUGUCGAUACCAUCAAGAGACUCGACCAGUGA